CAAGCGUCAUUUGUGACGCUAAAGUACAUCAAAGGAUAUAAAACCUAGGCUUUCUGCACUGUUUUCCAAGCCAGAAGCACUGUACAUCAACUAGAGGAUCAUGUUUAAAACACUGUUACUGUGCUACUGGAUUCUUCAGAUGGUUCCGAUCGUUCUCGCCUCUGUUCCCAGCAGAAUAGUAGAGCAUGCACAGGAUUCCAGCUCAGUGCAGGAUGUGGUCUCCCACACUGACCUCGCUGUUUUGAGCAGGAUCAAGACCCUACUGUCUGCCUCAGGUUCACUGGUCAGACCUGCACUCAACAAAGCAAUGGACAUGGUUAAGGAGGAUGAUAUAUCAAACAAAAUCAUGCUGGAUCCUGAGGCAAUAUCCAGUGCUGUGGAGAAGGACAGAGCAGAACGUUCACCCAGGAGAUGUGUCCGGCAAUUGGAGUCCUGUUUUGGUCAUGCACUACCUUGCUGUGAUCCAUGUGCUAUUUGCUACUGCAGGUUUUUCAACGCAAUUUGUUACUGCAGAACAAUUGGUAACAGCUGUCACCAGGGCAAGAUUUAGUUCUGUGCACUAGUGCCGUUUGCUAGAAUAUGUUUCUGUAAAGUGUAUAUGCACAAAUUUAUGUUGUAUUCUCUUUAGAGUGUAACUUGUUGUACAGUUAAAAUAAACUUACUGGAUAUAUUUCAGA